GGCUUCCCUUGUUGUUUUGGUGACCUGUCGCUGCCCGUGUCCUCGGUUGCCUCCGUAAAGAAGGGAGAUCCAGAGGGGAGUGGCUGAGGCGAUGGAUGUUACUCAGUCGAAGCAGGAGCAUCUCUUGGCCCUCAAAGGUCCUGUUUUCAUGCUGUGUGCAGUGCAGCUCAGAAGAGAAGGUGCUUUUUAAGUCGUCUUUUUAGCAUGGAGGCCAAGAGACAUUUCAGAAAGAGCAAGUAGAUUCCUGUGGAACAAGCAUGGAGGUGGUUCUGCACUAUCGACCGUGGCAAAAGGAUCCGACCAUAUUGCAAAAAAUCGCUGAAGAGGCACUGAAAGCGUUUCCUGUUCGGCACUUGCCAAACUUCAGACCUUGGUUUUCAAAUCACUCAUCAAAGCUUCCUUUUAAGCCUAAAAGAAGACCUCCAAUUAUUUCGGCUGAAGAAGCAGAGCAAGUGAAACAACACCUUGCAAGCCCAGAAGGAGUUUGUGGCUCUCAGAGUUAUGACUGUACAGAAGGCCUUCAGGAAUUUCAUCCUGAUUUAAAAGCUGGACAGUGUAUACAGGCAGAGUUUGGCAGAAUUAAUUUAAACGAUUUGGGGGAGCAAUUGGCAAAUAGCAGACUGAAACUGAGGCGAUCUUGGAGUGUAUCUGUUCCCAGCUCUGACCUUAAGGACAAGAUAAUGCCUCUGUCUAGAGAAUUGCGGAGCAUUUUAGAAAACUUAAAACUCCAUGCAUUCUAUAGAGCAAGAUGGAUAAUUGAACCAUCCACUUUUAAUAAUCAAACAUUGGAGGACAUUUGGGUAAAGCUCAACAGAAUGAUCAAACACAAUGAAUUACCGUCGUGUAAUGCUACUAUCCAGAGAUGUGCAGACGAGAUUUGGGUUUUCUGUGACAUACUGUACUGUGAAUAUGUUGGCAAUAACCUUAGGAAAAAAUUAAACCUUGGGGGUAUUAUGAACAUGUUUGUUCACAAACAUGGAGUCAUAUUUAGUCUGUAGCACUGGAUUAAAGGCAGUGCUGUUCAUUGUGGGAAUUCAAAUGAUUUCUAAAACAUGAAUUAGAGAACAAACAAUUCCCUAACCAGCUUGACUUAGGCAUUUGUUUCAUUCUGUGUUUAAUGAUGAUGACAAAAUAUCCUAUUAUUAUAGUUUUUCUGAAUACUAGGAUUACUCCCUGCACAUAGUACAUCGCGUGAAGAGAUCUAGUGUCUGCCCUAUGACUCUUCCAAGCAAACAAAAGUUGUAUCAUCUAUGAUCUCCAUGGCUCGAAGGCUGGGGUUUUUUUUCUGUAUGAAUUCAGUGUAAAUUGAGUGACAAAAACAGGACAUCCUCCGAAGGGAGGUCACCUCUGUAGGACUGGAUUGUUCUUUGUUCUGCAUAGUCCAAAAUGCUGUGACUGCUUCAGGAAAUGUCAGCUGUUAGAAUGAUAUUUCUUGUUCUAGAUGUGAAUUGACCUUUCACAUGACUCUUGUUAGCUCAUUUGGCCAAAAUUGCUGAAUAAUAAAGAUGUUCUAUUGUU